AACUCACGACACAACGAACAUCACCAAAUACAGCACACACAUGCACCAUCACACACAUUCGCAAACACACUCUGAACUUUUAGCACAUAUUGGAGCAAACGUCCUGACCAGAUACUAACGGUGGCUGUAGACUGUGGAGUGGCUCUUUGCAGGCUGAAUACUCAGGAGAGGACACUGUUGCUACAACCAGAGCAGAAAACGUGCAUCAAAAUGGAAACUGCUCAGGAACGCAAGCCAAAAAGGCCCCACUACAUUCCCCGACCACCAGGCAAGCCCUUCAAGUACCAGUGUUUCCAGUGUCCUUUCACCUGCAACGAAAAGUCCCACCUCUUCAACCACAUGAAAUACAACUUGUGUAAAAACUCCAUCUCCCUGAUGUCACAGAAAAAUGGGCAAACAGCCCGACAGGUCAAGGCUGUAGCAAAGGAAGUCCCUGUCAAAUCUACAGAUUGUCCAAGCCCCCUGCCGGCAGUUCAGAACAAUAGUCCUGAGAAACAGGGAGCUGAGGAGAACAAAGCUGAGAGCAGACAUGACACAGAAGAAGUUGAUGUUGCGUGUGACAGUCCAGUCAAUAAGGACAGCCAGAUUGUGACAAAAUCAAAUACAGUAACAGAGAGAGAGAACAGGGAGAGCAAUGAGGCCAAGUCUCUGCCGCGCCCAUCUGCUUUCUACCCUGUCACACCCAAAAGUGACGGAACAGAAGCCUUCAAGUCAUCAGUGCAGCAGUCAGAGGAUUCGCAAGCACCUGUUGCCACUUUCAACCACCCAGGCUUCCCAUGGGACACGAUUUCAUCAUCCAUUCCCUUAAAACCAUUCCCCCCUCGCAUGGUUCCUGAAUACUCUCCUUAUCUCCUGUCUGACCGGACCCUGUAUCCACCAUACUACCUCCCGGGAAACCACCAUGCAAAUGAGUCAAACUCUCCUUCCUUCCGGCCAGAGUUUAUGGAUCCCCAGAGGCCUGUGGUACCACAACCCAUUGCCCCACCUCACACUUCCCUCUUUCCCCCAUACCCAUAUAGAUACUGCCACCCUCUUCACCCCGGGUCCCCUCUGCAUUAUACCCUGUACAGACCCCAUGAGCUUUCCAUGCCAAUUACAGGACCAAGAUUUCUUCCUUUGGAUUUGUAUGGCCCUACCCUUGGGCCUAAGGAUUAUGACUUAUAUAUGCAUUCACAUCCCAGUCACAACAGCCUCAACACAUCUACACAAGAGAAGAGCAACCAUGGACAAAGUGGAGACAAGGAAACCAGGCUAAGCCCUAAAGAGGGCUGUUCAGCCUUGGGGUCCCCUGACAGACCCAGUCAUGCACACAUCCUCCAGAGAGAUACAGAGGCUGAGCUCUACACCAACAAGGGUGAGUCACAGACAACCACCCAACUAGGACACACAUCUACAGCCAUGCAACCCAUCAAAACUGACUUAAGACAAGAGGCCUCUGCAGAAAGCUUGCUGCAGUUAAGAACUCUGCAUGUGGAUGGAGGAUCAGCUGAGAACAACAGAUAUUCCUCUAUUUCUGUCUUUGAGUCAUGUCCUGAAACUACAUCAGAACAAGAUAAUAAGGACAACAGAGAAGAUCUGGCCCCCCUCAACCUCUCAACAAGGAACCUGGACAAAGAAAAAAGUCCAUCUGACCACAGACUGAGGUGCUCAGACACAGAGAAAUUAAAAGGGGAAGAGUUGCCUCUGAACCUCAGCCUGCGGGCUUCUUAUAGCAGCCCUGCACACAGCUCUGCCCUAAGCACUUCAGAUGAUCUUCAGCAAAGGCCAGACACUGAGCUGGAUGAAGAACCAUGUGACCAGAGGCAGACUGCAGCACUGGCACUCUGUCAGCUAGCCAGUGCAAGCUCUGCUGCCUCUUCAUGUCACUUCAGCACUGCAGACGGGCCCUCAGAGGAUUGCACAGGCGCUAGAAGUCCUGGCUUUCUAGAGAAGACCAAGCACACAACCAAGGCUAAGGCAAAGGGAAUGAAAAGAGCGAACAGUGGCCGGGCUGAAAGCAACUGCCAUAAACCAAACAAAAGAGCAAAAGCACCAGGGCGGGCUCUAAGGAGGAGGCCUCGUUGCUGCUAACAACAAAACUGACUGUUAUAAUAUUUGGUAAUAAGGACAGAAUAUCUCUAACCUUCACCACUGCAGGCUUCAACAUGAACAGAUCAACUUAAUGAACAUCAAUGUUAUAAAUAUUAAUUAAGCACUGAAAUAUUUGAUUAUUCUAGCAGGAGCAGAAGUGACAUGUCUAUAGCACUGCCACAAGGUCAACUGUAAAAAAAUAAAAAAUAAAAAAAUUACUUGUUAAAUGUAAAACCUUGUUGUCACAGGUAUGUGCAUAUUGUGUCUUGUUCUUACACUUGAUUGGAAAAGGUGAAAGGCAAUUUUUAUAAGGGUUCUUAAUAUUUAUGGACAUUUUUUGUAUUGUAGAAAGUUGACAAUGGAAGAUGUGGUAAUGUAAUGUAAAUGUAAAUAUGUUGAAUAAAUAAUUACCAAAAACUGA